AAAGCCCAAAUGCUAUCUGAUCCAGUGCCUUGGGACUUCAGCGGUCAACCUCGCUGAAUCUUAUUCGCCAAGAAAUAACAGAGCAAAUUCAAACCAGAGAAGCCUCUAGAGCCCCUCAUUAGCAUUUAAAAUUGACCUUCUAUUCAUUUGAACCCUCCUUAAAAACCUUAGGCAUCACCCCGGUGUUAUGCAGCCCAAGCUCUUUUCCUGCUAGAGGCACAAGGAAAGCCAAACAAGGGAAAACCAUAGCCAUUUUUUGGGGACUUGGACACAAAUGGGUACUUUGGUGGGUCAUGUUGCACCUGGCCUUGGCUUCUUGCUCAUUGGCCUAUGGCACCUCUUCAACCACAUCAAGCUCCACGUUCUUCACCCAAGCUCCUACAAGUCCCCUCCAUGGUUUCCCACCUUGGGAUUGAGGUACUUGGAGCUCCUGUCAAUCAUGGCCGGUUGCUCGAUGUCCGUGGCGAUGGAGCUCUUCAUUGGACCUCAAGGUCACCAGCCCUUCGACUCAGAUGGUACCAUCCCGUCGAACCAUCUCCACAACUUCGAGCACGUGGAGAUCUCCCUCGCCUUCUUCGUCUAUGCGGGCUUUGCAAUCCUCCUUGAUCGGGUCCGGACUGUCCCCGAUGCUAAGCAUGGCCUCACACAAUUGCUGGCUGCAAUGGCUUUUGGCCAGCAGCUCCUCCUUUUCCACUUCCACUCAGCUGACCACAUGGGUAUGGAAGGCCAAUACCACUUGCUCCUUCAAAUUGUGAUAUCUGUUUCUCUUCUCACCACUCUAAUGGGAAUUGGUCUUCCAAAUAGCUUCUUGGUGAGCUUCGUGAGGUCAACCAGCAUUUUCUUCCAAGGUGCUUGGCUCAUUGCCAUGGGAUUCAUGCUUUGGACACCAAAGCUUAUGCCUAAAGGUUGUUUUAUGAACUCGGAAGAAGGUCAUCGGGUGGUCCGGUGCCAAACCAAGGCCCUUCACCGGGCCAAAUCCCUUGUGAAUAUCGAGUUUAGUGGGUUCCUGAUUUUGAUAUCCAUCUUUGUGGUCUCUCUUUACUUGGUUAUGGUUAAAACAUACGCCGGCGGCAAUGUCAAUUACCAGUCGCUUAUCGAGGCGAAUGAACUCGACGAGGACAGCGAUGAUGUCGAAUCACAAAGAAAAGCGGACUUGUAGAUGAGCAAAAGGGUUUCCUUCGUGGGGUGAAGUCCUAUGUACCGAUCAACGGGGGAAGGUAGACCAAGGAAUAUAAAACCACUGGUGGUUAAUUGUUUGUACAAAUUACGUUUGAUAGGAUACCCCAAAGAUGCCUGAAUUUGCCGCCUAGUGUUGUGUUGGCUUAAUGAGGGCAUGACUUUGGAAACAAGGGUUUGCUGGUAGGGGGGAAAUGUCUACUUUAAUUUAUUCAUUUGGUCUGAACCAAUCACUUUGAAUAUUUUAUUGGCGAGCUUGGUUACUUUAAUAUUUGUAGAGCUAUCAAUACAAGCCCUGAUUGCACUC